AAAAAAAAAAAAAAAAACAGAAAAAAUGGCUACCGCAGCAACAACAGCGCCAUCACAAGGGCCGAGGAAAACGCCCAUCGCGGCACCAACCGCAGACAGCAAGCCAGUGCCGCGGCCAGACCUGACGGCAGAGCAGCAGACCAAGUACGAGGCGCUGCUGGAAAAGGCAAAGGCCUUCAGCGAGAUCAAGUGCGACAAGGAAAAGGACAAGUCGGGCCCCCUGACGGACCGCGACCUGUCGUGGCUCACGCGGGACUGCCUGCUGCGCUACCUGCGGGCGACCAAGUGGUCGGUCGACGACGCGGCCAAGCGGCUGCUGUCGACGCUGGCGUGGCGGCGCGAGUACGGCAUCGACGACUUCACGCCCGAGCACAUCUCGCCCGAGCAGGAGACGGGCAAGCAGAUCAUCCUGGGCUUCGAUCGCCAGGGGCGGCCGUGCCAGUACCUCAACCCGGGCCGCCAGAACACGGACAGCAGCCCGAGGCAGAUCCAUCACCUGUUCUACAUGGUGGAGCGGGUGAUCGACAUGAUGCCCCCCAAUGUCGAGAUGCUGAGCCUGAUGAUCAACUUCAAGCCGAGCAAGCAGAGGCAGAACACCAGCGUGCCGGUGUCGACGGCCAGGGAGGUGCUGCACAUUCUGCAGAAUCACUAUCCCGAGAGGCUGGGCAAGGCACUCAUCAUCAACGUGCCUUGGAUUGUUAAUGGAUUCUUCAAAAUCAUUACCCCCUUCAUUGACCCCGUGACCCGGGAGAAGCUCAAGUUCAACGAGGACAUGAAGCAGUAUGUCCCCGCGGAGCAGCUAUGGAGCUCCGACUGGAACGGCGAUCUGGACUUUGAGUACGAUCACGAGACUUACUGGCCUGCCCUCAACGAGAUGUGCAAGCAGAAGCGGGAGCAGAAGCUGGCGCGGUGGGCGGCCGCUGGAAAGGUCGUUGGCGAGUCUGAGGAGUAUCUCUCGGGCGGUACGGAUGUGAGCAUCACGGGGUUCAAGUACACAGCCGACGAGAAGAAGGAGGAGCCAAAGACAGAGGCAAAAGCAGAGGCAGAGACUGCGCUGGCGGAGAAGCUAGCAGCGGCAAAGCUCGAGGAGGAGACAGUUGAGGCUCAAGCUUGAAGAAAACUAACGGGAGCAUUUGUCGGUGAGACUAGCAGCAAGCAUUGGUCAGUUAGAGGAGUAAUCAGCCAGGUUAGGCACAGGACUGUGGGUUAGACAUGGUAUAGAAUGUUUGUCCUUUUUUUCCCCCCAAUCACCUGUAGAGCCAAAAGGACUGCCCGCUGUUGGCAGUUAAUCUUUGGGAUUAUUAUAAAUUAGUACCACCAGAAAUACACAUGACUGCAUAAUAGAUGGGUACACAAGACGGAGAGAGAAAGCAC